CCACCCUUGCCAGAUGAACUGAGGCGGCUCCAGGAUCCUGCAGGCAAGAGGGGAAAAUCACAAGAAGAACCAACCUGCCCAGAUUCAACUGCAUUUUAUUCACCUUGUUUGGAGAUAACGAUACCGUGGCCCUUCUUCCAGAAUACCUACAGAAGAAAAGUUUCAACAGUCGCUCUGCUCCAUCUCUGCUCCAUAGCAUAUACUACCUGUUGCUGCUAGUAACGAAGGAGGGGAAGAGAGGGAGACGACACCUUGCGACACUUGGAUCUCUUAUAAACACACUUUGUAGGGAGUUGGAUUUCGCAACCUUUAAUCUUUUGCACACCAAGUGUGUUAUUUUGUCUAUGUCCAUUUUGGGAUAUUAGUGGUUUUAUCAUAUCUAUAGUAUACACGUUUUUAAAGUGCCUUACGACUGAUAUUAAUCCAGUAUUUGGGCAGUAUUCCAACACCAGAGACUCAACCAGUGACUAUCACAUAGAAAGGCACAGGAUCUGUCUCUAAAUCCCGGUUUCACCAUGAGUCAAGGGAAUGUAUCAACUUGCUCUGCGCCUCAGAUCGUUUUCCAAGAGGCGGUGAAGCAAGGCAACACAAAGGAACUUCACUCGUUGCUCCAGAACAUGACAAACUGCGAAUUCAAUGUCAACUCCUUCGGGCCCGAAGGACAGACGGCGUUGCAUCAGUCAGUCAUCGACGGGAAUCUCGAACUUGUAAAACUGCUGGUGAAAUUUGGAGCCGAUAUAAGAUUGGCGAACAGGGAAGGGUGGAGUGCCUUACACAUUGCCGCUUUUGGAGGACACCAAGACAUAGUCCUAUACCUCAUCACUAAGGCAAAGUACUCCUCUGGUGCACGGUGAUCUGCUACACUGCUGUCAGGUAAACACACGGAAAGCCAGGCUCUUGUAAAUUAGCGUUUCGAUCUAUAGUUGUGCCAAAUUAUAGCCUACAAAACACAGUAACUUCCCUUUCAUCAAAACCAAACGGGGGUCUCACUCGUGAGUCGAACACCACAUGGUUCUUGUAUCCGCUUCAGCAUAAAAAAAAACGCCAUUUUGGUGGGUUGGUACUAAAGCUUUUUCCUUGAACGUGUAUAAUAGAUUGGGACGUAUAAAAUAACUAAGCCAGUGUUUGGGUCCCGAGACCUGAUAGCAGCCUAGUUUUACGCAGCGAUAGACUUUCUAUAUUUUUUGUCGCGGUUACAUUGAAACACUUCUUUAUUGGGCUUCGUAUUGAGGUGUCGACCUGUAGCUGCGGUGGUCACUUGUAGGACCCUUUUAAAUGAUUUUCUAUACUAAAAGAUGGCACUUGUUGCUGUGGCUGCAUGCUGGAAUAUAUGAAAGGGAAGAAAAGGUGAACACGGGAAAUGAAGGCCAUCCUGUAUUUGGCUAUAAUGUCUUUUUUAAAUUAUAGGAUUUGAUCUAUUUCAAAGAGCAGCAUUAUUAGGACUAUAUAUAUAUACCCAACUGGCAUUUCCAGAUGUGUAAUCAUUGUAACAACUAUUGACUUAAUGUUGUUAAGUACUUUACACAAUAGCUUUACUUUGUUUCUUUAUAAUAAAAGUAGCUAAAUGCGCCCUGCCUUCUUCGAGCAGGCUGCUGGCAUGUAUCAAUGUCUUUUCAGGCCAGUGCGACCGCAGUGUCAAUGGUUAAUGUGAUAUAAACCGCUGCUUUCGCUUUGUAUCAAAACGUCAGGAAAGUGGCAUUUGGAAUUCACUUUAAUCUCCUUUCAGUAUUUUAACGAACAGCACCCUGGUCAUCAGUGUGAAUACAGGCUGGGUUCUAUUUAUGAAGGUACAUUGACAAGAUGCAUUUUGAAUAUUCUGUGGUUAUUCUUAUCAAAUCUGUUACGUUUAAGAAUAUUUAGGGUGACUUAUAAAGCUGCUUCAGACUCUAUGCUUAUCAUAGUAUAAACUAUCCUGUGUGGAGACCCCAUGUCACAAUAAGCCUAAAUUUGACCUACCUAAAGAGAGACUCUUCUUUGUCCCUCAUUAACUUGUUGUUUGGUUUUCUUUGCCAACUACCUCGACUGUAAAGUAUUCAAAAACAUUGGACUCUUGCUCACUCCACAACACUCCAGUAUGGGGAGUCCCACACAUCCUCUAGCACAGUGGUUCCCAACCGUUUCAGGUUACUGUACCUGAAGUACCCCCUGUGGAUAGGCCAAGAACACCCAGGGGUCCUAGUACCCCUGGGUGGGGACCGCUGAUCUAGCCUAUCCCCAAGCCUGUCUAUAGGCCAAAAUAAUGCUCAUACCCACACAGACAUUUUAACUAAGUUAUUUUAGCAGUAGGCCCCAAGCCAAUGUUAUUCAACCCAGUGAUAUAGGCUAGGAGACAACUAUGGUGUUUCUUCUGCAAAGCAAUAAUGUCUAUUUCAUAUUAAUCAAGCCUGUUUCUUAUCAUCAUCUGGUAUUCAUUUAUUUCCCACACUACAACCAAACUUUAAUCUGACAAGCAAAGCGUUUUUUUUGCCUUUCUGUAAAGGUAUGGUUGCAAACACACAUUGCCUAUUUUUUUAUUUUUUUUAUUUUUAUGCAUUAUAUAGUCAUUCUGUUUGAAGUUUCUAUUUAGUCACAAAAAUUGCAUUUUAUUGCCUGACUUAUAAAUGCAGGAAGUUUUAUUGCACAAAAUGCAGAGCCUUUUACGCCCCCUGGUGCCUGUCCGGGUGACUGCAGGAGUUGAGGCUCAGAAAUAGUUACUACUGAGCAGUAAAAACAUUUUAUUACUGUCAUGUUAUGAUGACUAACAUCUACAUGACUAUUGCAGGAUAUAUAUAUAUAAUAAAACAAAUGGUUUAAACUGCCUGCUGCAUUUUGAAAGUCAUGGCACCCUAAUGUUUGUUUCAAUGCUGCUUGUAUGUUUUAUAUUUGAUUUUACUCAAUGGCCAACAGUAAGUGAAAGACAAAUAUCUGAUAGCAUCACAGUCAUUCAAUGAAAAUCCCUGUGUGUGUGUGUGCACAUGCGUGCAUGAAUGAAUGUAUGUGUAUAUAUGUCUGUGUGUGCUGCAUUCAUCUGACUGUUGUUUGCUGAGUGAGUUGAGCUGUGUUCCCCUUCCCUGGCCUGUGUGUGGCCUGCUCCUCUCCUCGAGUGUGUGGCCUGCUCCUCUCCUCGAGUGUGUGGCCUGCUCCUCUCCUCGAGUGUGUGGCCUGCUCCUCUCCUCGAGUGUGUGGCCUGCUCCUCUCCUCGAGUGUGUGGCCUGCUCCUCUCCUCGAGUGUGUGGCCUGCUCCUCUCCUCGAGUGUGUGGCCUGCUCCUCUCCUCGAGUGUGUGGCUUUAUGUUUGCAACUGGGGGUUUUCCCUCCCUACAAUAAGGAGAGACACAAGGGAUUAAGGACUGUCCUUCCAUGUACCUGGAAAAGCAAACUAAAGCGAUUAGAAAGAAACAUCAAGAAUAGAUUGUUAUUAGCGGAACAAAAAAAAUAUGCAUCGCUUGUCUUAAACCUGAUAUUUUUUAUAUAUAUGUAUGUAUAUAUAUAUAUUUUAAAUAUUGCACUGACUGUUGUUGAUUAAGUUGGCUUUUUAUCAAGUCAAAUUGUAUUGUUUUUCCGAAUAGAAAAAAAAAAGGAACACAACAAAAUACUAUUGUAUAAAAACAACUCCAGGCUGUAAUGUUUUGUGUGUUAACUUUGUGAAACAUUGUGUUAAGGCAAAGAUUGUUUGAAUCUUUGUGAUCGGGUAUGUGUUUAUAUACAGUACCAGUCAAAGGUUUGGACAACACCACUCAUUCAAGGGUAGGUGUAAAAAACAUAAUAAAGAAAACCACUGGAAUGAGUAGGCGUGUCCAAACCUUUGACUGGUACUGUAUAUAUAUAAUAUGCUGAAAUAUCUUGGAGCACUUUCUUUUCUGAAGUGCUGCCUCCCUCCUGUUGUUAUGAAAGGGGAAAAAUACAUUUGAUGGUAAGAUCAUUGUUACAAAAAAAAUUGCACAGCAUAUGGUUGUUCUACUCAAGUGUCAUAACAUUUAUGGCCCGAGAGAGGACGACUGGAUAGGUGUAAAUGAAUGAGAGAAAGUGCUGACGUUUUUUAAUUUUUUUGGGGGGGGGGCAUGUUCUGUUUUCAUUUUGCUUUUUUUCGAGCGAAACAAAAACAAAUGUCUGAGUUUAAUGAUUGAUGCUGAAGUUCCAUGGUGUUUUCAUUUUGGGUUUUCUUGUUUUUGUUCUGUAUUUUGUUUUUGAACGUUUGUAACACUGUGAUCAUGAUGUGUGUUGAGAAAAUGAGUGCUGUAAUAUUUUUGUACGUUUGUGUACAAGCCAGUAAAAAAAAUCUUUAAACUC